AUGAUGAUGAGAUUGUUGCUGCUGAGGCUCCUGGAGUCCAGAUUGAUCAACCAGAAGUGCAGGCACCUACUGUGGCCCUUCACACUUCACCAGUUGAGCUCGCACAACAAGCUCGAUCGGCAGCUCGAUCGAGUCGACUCUAGCUCGAUCGAGUCCGACCUCAUCUGUCCCAAACCAUUUUGCUUGAUCCUUACCAACCGGUUGCCACUUCCUCGUCUCGCCUACUUAGUCAAGGGCACAAGGAAAGGUCCUGAAGAGUCUACUCAUCAGUUCAACCUGCUUACUUCACCCACUUUCCUACCAAAGGUCAAGGAUCAAGGGAAAUUCACUCUCCCUUGCACACUUGGGCAUCUUGAGCUUGACAAUGCCUUAGUGGAUUCUGGAGCAAGCAUCAAUCUGAUCUCUCUCUCCAUGGCAGAGAAGCUAGGCAUUGCUGGAGCCUUGCAGCGCCCUACUACUUCAAUCAUGUUUGGAGAUGCAACUUCUAAGUCUCCUCUUGGAGUGUUCAAGAACUAUCACUUGAAAAUUGGAGAAUGCAUCAUCCAAACUGAUCUACUCUACAAAGUUGUGAAGGAAAGGGUUGACAAAGAACCAAGAGUUGGGAAGGAUAAGGUUGAGAGAGGACCAAGGAUUGAGAAGCCACGUCUUGAGAGGGCUAGAGUUGAGAAACCACGUUCUGAUAGACCACGAGCUGAUAGACUUGUUCAAGCCCCUUGUGUGCUUGAUGAAGAAAGCCUUCAAGCUUUGUUUGAUGAGCCACUAGGAAGGGCUCUAAAAGAAGGGGAGGAUGUAGCCUCUAAGGCAAGACCAGGUGAUAAAAGAAAGGAUCCACCAGCUCAGGCCCCUUCAUUCAAGCCAUCUCAGCUCACAAUGACUUUGUUCCCCACCAAGUUUGAAAAUGGGAAGAUUGAGUACAAGAUAAGGUACAAGGGGAGAUCAAGGCCAUUCUCUAGAGCCAAAGCCUUGGUGACUUCAGAACAAUCCAGGGACCCAACCAAGCUAAAGGAGCUUCUGUCUCAAGUCCUCACUAUCACCCUUGAUGGUGGGACUAGCUCAACCAAUGCCUAA